GUGAGGUGGGCGGUGAGAGGAAGUGGCGGCGGCGGCCGGGGGGCGGCGAGUGCUGGGUCCGCGCGGGCUGUAGGCAACGGCUGUGGCGGCGGCGGCGGCGGCAGCGGCAGCGUGGGCUGGGCUCGAGCGGGCCGCAGCACCUCAGACUCCCGGGAGCGGGAGCCCACGCGGGCGGGCGCCUGAAACAAAGGGAAGCUAGAGUCAGGGCGCCCGGGGUGGGCGGUCAGUCGGUCAGCGCGGAGCCGGCCAGCGGGUGCCCGCGCAAGUCCGGAGCCCGGCGGGCCGGCGCGAUCUCAGGGCGGGAAGAUGCCGCGCGUCGUGCCCGACCAGAGAAGCAAGUUCGAGAACGAGGAGUUUUUCAGGAAGCUGAGCCGCGAAUGCGAGAUUAAGUACACGGGCUUCAGGGACCGUCCCCACGAGGAGCGCCAGGCGCGCUUCCAGAACGCCUGCCGGGACGGCCGCUCGGAAAUCGCUUUUGUGGCCACAGGAACCAAUCUGUCUCUCCAGUUUUUUCCGGCCAGCUGGCAGGGAGAACAGCGACAAACACCUAGCCGGGAAUAUGUCGACUUAGAAAGAGAAGCAGGCAAGGUGUAUUUGAAGGCUCCCAUGAUUCUGAAUGGAGUUUGUGUUAUCUGGAAAGGCUGGAUUGAUCUCCAGAGAUUGGAUGGUAUGGGCUGCCUGGAAUUUGAUGAGGAACGAGCCCAGCAGGAGGAUGCGUUAGCACAACAGGCCUUUGAAGAGGCUCGGAGAAGGACACGUGAAUUUGAAGAUAGAGACAGGUCUCAUCGGGAGGAAAUGGAGGUGAGAGUUUCACAGCUGCUGGCAGUAACUGGCAAGAAGACAACAAGACCCUAGUCCUGGUUCCAGUUUAGGUGGUGGUGAUGACCUCAAACUCCGUUAAUUAGUAGCACAGCAGAUGUGCUCCCCAAUCUUUACAUAUACAUUGUUUCUAGUCAGCAAAAAUAAUUGAUUAAAAGACCAGAAACUGUGAUAACUGGAGGUACUACAGUCUAUUUCUUAACCUUAGGCAGUAACAAGACAUCACAAACUGCCAUGGUUUUGCACUAUGAUUAUACCUGCAUUUCUAAUUUUGUAUGCAUGUAGCCAGUAAUAAUUUUAAUUUUUUUCUAUGCAAGCUUACCUUGUUGGCAUUAUUUUAGUGAGUUGAAACUAUAUACUUGUAAAGCUCUUUUUCCCCUCCAUUUUAAUUUAAAAGUUCAUGUCAUUUAAAAACAAGUCAAGAAAUUUCAAUUUUUAUCACAGGUUUUUUUCCCUAAUCAGUUUCUCUAAUUUUUCUUUUUUUGUGAUUUUAGAUGUGUUGGUUAUACAGCUUCACUUCAGUUAGGCAUUCUGGGUUUUUGUUUUGUUUUCCUCCAUUUUCUUUUGUGUUAUUGUUUGUUUGUUUGUUUUUUGUCUAUGGCAUCUUAAAACUGCUGAUACGUUUGCAUUAUUUACAAGCUAAAAACCCAGUAGCAUAGAGCUGUCUGCCACAGCCUUCUACCAAAGUUUACAGUUGUUAAAGUUGCAGUAUCCUUUUAAAUGUUGAUAAUCAGCUCCUUUUCUUUCCUUUUUAAACAUAAAAGUUUUAAAUUGGCAUUAAGUCUAAUCUGCCCUAAUCUGUUUGAGAUUUUGUUUCAUAAUCAUGAGUUUCUGUGGAGAUAUUCUCCAUAGAUAAUAAUAUUCUACUGAAAUGCCUAAAGAAGUCACAGGCUGGCUUCUGUUUUAUUCAGGGAUUUUUUUUUUUAAGUCAUUCAGAAAAGGGAUACUGGAGCUUCUUCAUAUAUGUAACAGCAUAUUAAACUGGAGACAGUGAUGAAUCAGCUACAAGGGUGAUAAUGUUUUAAAAUCAUGUUUAAGAUAUUUGCUUUUAUGUGUAUUUUAUAAUGCAUGCUUUUGUAAAAACAAUGCUGGGUGAUAAAAGAUUAGUCUUAGAGAGAAAAUGUUCAUCUGUGCAGAUAAUACAUUUUCUUCCAUUAAUUAUUAUGAAAACAAAUUCACAGGUUAUAUAUGGUAUUUUCCAAAAGGACUAUUAAUAGAACCUUUUGAGAUGAAUUAGUAUGAGAAUAUUUUUUAAACAGGCUCACUGUCAAAUUGAAUGCAACUUUUUUUUUUUUAAUACAAGACUGGAAAAAAGUGCUAAGUCAUUUGGUACCUCCUUACAAUAUUUUUCAUGGUCACAUUCAUUAAAUGUUACUACAUUUCUGAAUUUUUGCAAAAAUGUAUUUUAUCAUAAUAGAAUGGCAUUAUUUUAAAGAGUUUGAAAAACUGACAUGGUCAGUUCAGCAAAUGAAUUGAAGUCUGAAUAAGGUCAUUGCAUUUAAAACAUAUAUAUAUACUUGAUUGAUGAGGAAGGUGUGACUUUCAUUGUAUAUAGGUCUUAUAACUCAUAAACAUAUCCUGUAUCUCAGAAUAAAAAUGUUUGUUAUAUAUUUGAAGUCAUGCAUGGUAAGGAGUGUGUUUAAAUUGUUAUAAACAGUAAUACAUCAUAAAAGACCAUGCUGAUCUUGUGUAUCUAAGUACUAUAAAUGAAUUGGUUGCUAUUUGGUGUUGUACAGCUCACAUGUUUACACACUCAGUGCCCUAACAUCCCCUGAGGGAAUCACCUUUUAAGUGGUCCUUACAGUGGUGUUUUAAGGUUACUUUCUCACAGAGCUCCUUGGUUUUUGAAUUCUGCACUUAAAUUUUUUUUAAUAACGUGAUGAUGAUGGUACAUUUUUCUCUAUUGCUUCUAGCUAAGGGCUUUUAGUCCACCAGUAACUACGAUCAAAUGUUAUUAAAUGUUAAUGUUGCCAUUCUGUAAAUACUGAAUUUUUCCUGUCAUUUAGCACAAUGCUGCUUCCAUUUGUCUUAAUGCUGGCAUUAAGAUCAUGAGCCCUUUUUCUCUGAUAGUGAAGGCUUUGGAGCUACUUUUAUUAAGUUAUUGAUGCAAUUCGAUAUUUUUCCAUAAUCUAUAUUUAAACAGAAUUACAUCAUUGCGUCAUCUUUUCUAAAUUCAUCUCCAUUAAAACUUGCCUUAACCUACCAGAUUGCUUUUGCCACCAUUAGCCAUAAUGUGUGUUUGUAUGUUUAAUUUACUUUCACAAUAAACUUCUGUGCAGUGAAAA